AUGGAAGUGAAAGAGGAGAGUCAAGCUGAAGUAGAUGAGAAACAUCAGAUUGUAAAAAUAAACCAUAAUGUUUCACAGGAUGAAACUCUUAAGGAAGAAGACAUAAAGUGUGAAAAUAGUUUUAGUGAAGAUGAAGGCCCUGCAGAUCACAAGAGGACUCACAGUGAAGAGAAACCUUUCACAUGUCAACAGUGUGGAAAGAGUUUUAGAAGAAAAGAUAACCUUAAAGCACACAUGAGGAUUCACACUGGAGAGAAACGACACGUGUGCCAUCAGUGUGGAAAGAGUUUUACAACUGCAGCUGAACUUAAGAUACACAUGAGGUCUCACACUGGAGAGAAACCUUACAGUUGUCAACAAUGUGGAAAGAGUUUCUCUAUUGAAAGUAACCUUAAGAUACACACCAGGAUUCACACUGGAGAGAAACCGUUCACAUGCCAUGAGUGUAAAAAGAGUUUCAGAAUUAAAUGUAGCCUUAUAACACACAUGAAAAUUCACAAAGGAGAGAAACAUCACGCGUGUCCUCAGUGUGGAAAGAGUUUCAGUGAUAAACAUAGACUUGAGACUCACAUGAGGAUUCACACUGGGGAAAAGCCUUUCAGAUGUCAACAGUGUGGAAAGAGUUUCACCUAUCAAUCGAGCCUUAGCCGGCACAAGAAAAUUCACAGUGGGGAAAUGUUAUAUGCAUGCCAGCAUUGUGAAAAGAGUUUCCGAGACAAAAGUCAACUUAAGAUACACAUUAGAGUUCAUACUGGAGAGAAACCUUACACAUGUCAUCUCUGUGGAAAGAGUUUCAGAGAUAAAAGUCAACUUAAGAUACACAUGAGGGUUCACACUGGAGAGAAAAGACACCCAUGCCAUCACUGUGAAAAGAGUUUUACAAUUGCAGUUAACCUUAAGAUACACAUGAGGUCUCACACCGGAGAGAAACCUUACACUUGUCAACAAUGUGGAAAGAGUUUCUCUAUUGAAAAUAACCUUAAGAUACACACGAGGAUUCACACUGGAGAGAGACCUUACACAUGCCAUGAGUGUGAAAAGAGUUUCAGAACUAAAUGUAGCCUUAUAAGACACAUGAAAAUUCACAAAGGAGAGAAACCUCACGCAUGUCCUCAGUGUGGAAAGAGUUUCAGUGAUAAACGUGGACUUGAGACUCACAUGAGAAAUCACACUGGAGAGAAACCUUACAGAUGUCAACAUUGUGGAAAGAGUUUCACCUAUCAAUCAGGCCUUAGCCGACACAUGAAAGCUCACAGGGGGGAAAUGUCACAUCCGUGCCAGCAUUGUGACAAGAGUUUCCCAGAUAAAAGUCAACUUAAGACCCACAUUAGAGUUCACACUGGAGAGAAACCUUACACUUGUCAUCACUGUGGAAAGAGUUUUAUAAAAAAAUUGUACCUUAAUAGACACCUAAGAAUUCACACUGGAGAGAAACCAUACGUGUGUCAUCAGUGUGGAAAGAGUUUCAAGACAAAAUCUUACCUUAAUGUACAUUUGAGCACUCACACUGAAGAGAAACCUUUCACAUGCCAUGAGUGUAAAAAGAGUUUAAAAACAAAAGCUACCCUUAAAAGACACGCAAGAUUUCACACUCAGUAGAAACCAUUCAUGUGUCAACAGUGUGGAUAUGGGAACAAAGUUUAUAAAUCAGCUGAGGUCUUAUUAAUAAAACUGUCUGGAGGAUCCUUACUAAAAGUCUACAUGUGCACAAAAGCCCAAAAUGGUGUACGGCAAAAAAGAUUCAGGCCGUUUCUUAAUGGUGUCCAAAUGGCACACUCCGGACUUGUUGACCGUCUCAGAGUCCACACUUUGAUGACAUCAAGUAGUGCAGACCUUAGGGACCUUGAAGUGGGUCCAAGAGGGUGCACCGGAGUCAUAUUUUGGGACAGACUCGAGCAUCAUAGAAUAGAAGAUGCCCAUCAGUGUGAACUCCUCCCUUCCAUCAUCUGAUUGGUCUGAUUUCUCUUCCGCAAGGACUUCUGGGUUGGUAGAGUGCGCGAACCCUGGUGCAGUGCGGGCUUCGCCGAAGUCUCGUAGUCUAAGAGAGCAUUCGCAAUUUAAGGCCAUGAGACCGAAAGUCCACAAGAACUGCGCCAUUUGAGACAAGGCCAGUUUGCGUUCUAGUCUGUACUUGUGAAACGUUAUCAGUCGUGGCCCAAGUACUGCUCUAAUUCUAAGUUCACAUCAAGUCAAGUUCACUUAACAUCCCCAGAUGUGUUCUUGAUCCGCAGAUUUUAUCAAGGAUGCAUCAGGAGGUGACUUGUGUGGACUUUCCCAGAAUGCAUUUCACGUCAAAGGCAGUGGAGCUUAACCCUCAUGUGUUGUUGGGGAUGUUUUCAUCCACUACAGAGUUUUUUUUACUCUUAAUUUGGCCGUAACUUUGAAUGAUUUUUGGUGACAAAUCUUAUAUUUACAUAUAUUUUAAGAAAAUGCUUUGAAAUUUUUUAAAAACUCAACGAUAUACCGUGGGCAAAUUUACUACCCUUUCGUGUUGUUAGUGGAUGAAAACAUCCACUAAAUUCAACGGCUGUAAAAAUUUAUCAGAUGAAUAUUUUUUCCAAAUUUUUUUUCAUAAAUCUGUUAAUCAACCUCAGUACUGAUCAAAACUACCAAAUCUUCACAAAAAUUCCAUGAUUUUAACCCUUUAAUU